AUGUUGGGUCCUAAGGGUGGCAUGAAUUGGAAGGCUACAAAGGCACAAUUACCGCCUGUGAGAGCGAUAUGGGUAUUUCUUACAAGGACGCGGUUCUUACUGUGUGUAGCGUUAGCUGGUGUCGUUGUAUUACUAUGGAGAGGGAUUAGUACUUCAGCACAGGAGAUGCAAAGGUAUUAUUGUUGGGGACCUUCGAAACCGCCGAUGCAAAUGACAUUGAAUGAACAAGCCGACUGGAACGCGCAUUUACAGACACCGGUUAUCUUUAAUCAUCAUGAACCGGUGGUAGUUAAUUCUAGUACUAUUAAAAGUGUCGACCUCAAUCCCAUCAAAUCCACUACGAAAGCUAUUGCGAACGAAGAACGAAUUUUGAUCUUGACCCCUCUUCGAGAUGCCGCGUCAUAUUUGCCAAAAUACUUCGAUUUACUCUCACUCUUAUCAUACCCACAUCAUUUGAUAGAUCUUGCUUUCUUGGUUGGCGAUUCAUCCGAUGAUACUCUUGCUGUACUUGCUGCAGAACUCGACAGAAUUCAGGACGGAAAGGAAACUGCCGCCUUCAACAGUGCUUUGAUUGUUCAAAAAGACUUUGGUGCGGUUUCUGGUCAAACCGUCGAGGAACGUCAUGCAUAUCCGGCACAGGCACCUCGAAGAAAGAUUAUGGCUCGUGCCAGAAACUACCUCUUGUCUGCGGCUUUGAAACCGGAACAUUCGUGGGUAUACUGGAGAGAUUCGGAUAUUGUCGACAGCCCUGAGAAAAUCAUUGAGGAUUUCAUUGCUCACGAUACAGAUAUCAUUGUACCAAAUGUAUGGUUCCAUCGAUAUCAUGACGGGGUUGAUAUCGAGGGUCGAUUUGAUUAUAACUCAUGGAUUGAGUCGGAUAAAGCAAUCAAGAUGGCAUCAAAGCUUGAUAAGGACACAGUUAUCGUAGAGGGUUAUAAGGAAUUCGAUACUGGUCGUACCUACAUGGCUUUGAUGGGUAAUUGGAGAGAAAACAAGGACGAGGAAGUUAAGCUAGAUGGUAUAGGUGGUGUCAAUAUCAUUGUGAAGGCAGACGUCCAUAGAUCAGGAAUCAACUUUCCAGCUUACGCAUUCGAAAACCAAGCCGAGACCGAAGGCUUCGCAAAAAUGGCCAAGAGAGCAGGGUAUCAGGUUAUUGGAUUACCCAACUAUGUGGUCUGGCACAUGGACACAGAGGAGAAACCUGGUAACAAUAUUUGA